GGUCUCAGGUAGAUACCGUGACGUCACGAUGAUACUUUUGAACUCCUUGGCAGUAAAUCUAUAAAGGUGUGUAGUCUUACUGCACAGGUAGCCAGCCAGUAAUAAGCUUGAACCUUAGACUGAAGGGGAAACUGAGCGCCAGAGCCUGCUGGGAAUAAACAGGGAGAACUAACAUGCGCCAGGCAGUUUGACUCAUCGAGGUCAACCUGAGAGUCAACCCUACCUGUCGGACGAGGAUACCGGUAUGUACCCCAACUCACAGACCGCCAGGCACCCGGCUCAGGCUCUGUCACUGAACAGUCAGUACAUUCCGCCUCCGUAUGACUUCACCGGUUAUCAUCACGUCCCGGGACUCGGUGACCCGUCGACAAGUGCCUGGAACCCGGUCUACGCUCCUCGGGAGGAGUAUCCGUACAGCUUCCCGGGGUCAAGCCCCAGCGCCGGGCAGGUCAGCUUCUCCUCUCCGGAGCUGAGCGGCAGUGGCACGCCCACCGCCGCUGGAGGGGGGUCGUUCACGCCGUACAACUUUAUCUCCGGUCAGGACCCCCUCAGCUCCAGGAGGAGGCCUCAUGAAUCCAUCAAACCGUCCAUUUCAGGGAAGACUCGCACUAAAGACAAGUACAGGGUGGUGUACACUGACCAACAACGCCUGGAGCUGGAGAAGGAGUUCCAGUACAACCGCUACAUCACCAUGAGGAGGAAGACCGAGCUGUCAGUGGCGCUGGGCCUCUCAGAGAGACAGGUGAAGAUCUGGUUUCAGAACAGACGUGCCAAAGAGAGGAAGAUAACCCGGAAGAAGCUGCAGCAUUCCCAGCAGGCCUCCACAACUACACCCACCCCACCUGUGCUGGGCGUACCCGCUGACACCCACCUCACCACCAGCCCCAGCAGCAACAUUUUGUCUGACACAAUAUCAGAGGAAUACUAAGUGCAUCUCAUAUGGAAGACUGAUACAGCGUGAAAUAUGUACAUAGCCUGUUUUGUUCACAGAAUGAAUGAAGAUGAUUCACAUUAACAUAAUGUUAUAAUGCUGCACUUCCUGCCUUCCACAAUGACAAGCACUUCACAGCUGAUGCACUGAUCAUCUCUAGUGGGCAUUUGCCGAUCUCAGGACUUUUAUGUGUAAAUACAGAUCAUAAACAGCACCAAGAUAGUGAUUUUAACGAUUUACUGGAUCACAUGACUUCUUCAGUAAAUGUUGGUUAAAGCCACAAUGAAAAAGAGCUUUCUUUGACACGUAGGUGUGUUGAUAUUUCUGAAUUUUGGUUAACAGAGUGAGAAUGCAGAUGUCCAUGUAUAGUCAAGUGUCUGCAACAUGAAUUACAAAAUAGUUAUAGCUGUUUUUUAAUGUCUUCCUAUUUGUUAUAACUACGUGUGUAAAUGCACACUCAAGUAAACUCAAUCACACUGACUAUUCAAGUGAAAAUUUAUGUCUGUCUAUACGACCAAAAACAGCCCUGCUAUUUAAUUUUGGGGAAGUAAAAUUGUGUUAAUUCAUCUCUAUUACCAGUUGAAUUUAUAGGAAAUAGAGAGAGAACAGAGAGUUAUAUUUGUUACUAAUAUUUCUGUUGAAAUAUUGCAGAAGAAAAAACAAUGAAAAUACAAUUCAAACGUAUAAACAAAUGGGCACACACACAUUCUUUACUCAAGUAGAAGCAGAGAUACUAGACUAGAUUUAUCUUCUCUACUCAAGUAAAAGUGAAAAAGUUCAGGCUCUGAAAUGUACUCAAAGUAAGAAAGUAAAAAGUACUCUCUUGGUUUCUCUGAUGGACAUAAUGGGCAAAAGAAAGCAUCUGCAUCUUAUCCACAGAAAUGCUUCCCCAUGACAAUGAUCACUCAUAAUGGCUUUAGAUGCAAUGCCCUCAUGCCCUAAAAAUACAUACUAAGACCUUUACACUUCUUCACCAUUAACAGUUAGCUACCAGCUGUUUCUGUGCAGAGCUCACUGAAACUUCAAAUAGGAUUGAGUCUCCCUGUUUUGUCUGUUUUGUCUUGUUACUUGGUAUUUUUAAUGCGUCAUGUGCUUGUGUCUUCAUGUUGGGAAGGUGUGCAAUGAUGCAAAAAUGCAUUAAAACUAAAGUAACAAGAAUGUUUGGAAAAUUUAAGGAGUAGAAAGUACAGAUAUUUGUGUACCAAUGUGGAGGGUAAAAGUAAAACAUAAAAAAAAUGUAAUACUCAAGUAGUUGUACUGCGUUACUUCUCACCUAUGCAAAUGGUUUUCAGUUAGGGAGAGGAAGGAAGCUGUAUAUACCGUUAUAAAAGGGGCAAAUGCACACAAGUGUUAGAAAAAAAACAGGAAGUAAAUGCAAUGGGAUUUUGAUAUGAAAACACUCAUAAAAACACAUUUAUUGUUAAAAAAAAGCAUAUGGCACGAGAAAAACAUUUGGUGACGGUUGUUUCCAUUUUGACUUAAAAUGUGUUUUUAUUUUAUUUUUUUUCGCCACAACAUUGUGAAAACAAAAAGGAACUUAAAGCAAACGUGUUUAAAAAUGACCGUGGAAUAACAAGCUCAGACAGCAGUGUUUAGCCACAUCCUGAAAAACAGCUGACACAUGACUCAUAAUCUACAAUUAUGCCACAAAACCCACGUUCAAAGUGAAAAAAGCCCCUGCUUCUCUAGUCUGUUGGGAGUUAUGUACUGUAUGUGUGUAAUGUUAAAUCAUGUACACUACUGUACAUGUAAGAAAUGGUAAACUUUCAGGUUGUCCCUGUUUAAGUCACUGAAGAGGAAGGAAAAGUGGCCCAUGUAGCAUUGUAUCAUUGACAGUAUGGGUAGCAGUGUAAAUUUAGUACCAGUCAGUCAAUGAUUUCAAAAUAAACCACUGAAUCACCUACUUUGUGCAAC